AUGGAGAAGGACAGUAGCGCAGCUGGCGCCGAUAAGGCGAGCGAGGCGAAGCCCGUAACACCAGGAGUUGAGGAGAAGAGGCCGGCAGAUGUGGUUGAUGAUGUGCCUGAUCCAGAUGAGGAUGAUUUGGAUGAUUUGGAUGAUAUGCUCGACGAAUUUGCCGCAGUGAAUGUAGAUGCCAAGAAGCCCGAACCACCAACUGCGUCGUUUGCGACAGGCUCUGGGAAGCCCGCAACAGUUACCGAAGAGGAGGCCGAUGACAAGACGUUGGAAGACAUGUUAUCUUCUGACGACUUUGCAAAGCAGCUCCAGGCUGGCAUGGCCGACUUGAUUGGCGAGCUCGAGAAAAACCCGGAAAUGCAAGCGCAAUUUGACAGUGUCUUAAAGCAGAUGGGCGCCGCUGCGGGAGAAGCUGGGCCCUCGCAGGCGCCGGCCGCAACACCAGCAGCCCCACGGCCAACUUCGUCCUCCAGUAAAGCCCCGGCCUCAGACCCCAUCGCCGACGGUUCUUUCCAGGAGACCAUCAAGAAGACGAUGGAGCGCAUGCAAGCGUCGGGACAGCAGGCGACCGCGGCCGCGGCAGAGUCUUCGACCGAGGACUUCCUUGCUGAGAUGAUGAAGCAGCUUGGAGAAGGCGGCAUGGAAGGCGGCGGCAGCAGCGAGGAGGAAUUCUCGAAGAUGCUCAUGGGAAUGAUGGAGCAACUUACUAACAAGGAGAUCCUUUACGAGCCUAUGAAAGAACUCAACGAUAAAUUCCCCCAGUGGUUCGAAAAGAACCGCGAUAAGACACCCGCGGAAGACCUCAAGCGGUACGAGGAGCAACAGGCUUACGUCAAGGAGAUCGUGGCCAAGUUUGAGGAAAAGACGUAUGCAGACUCGAACGCAGCGGACCGAGAAUACAUUGUCGAGAGGAUGCAAAAGAUGCAAGCCGCCGGAUCACCUCCGUCAGAUCUGGUUGGCGACAUGCCAUCGGCGCAGGAAGCGUUCAAUCCAGACGAGGGGUGUAAUCCGCAAUAG